AUGUUUCCCUUCCCAGCGGCAGCAUUCACCCCUCAGUCCCAAAAGGGUUCCUCCAUGUCCGUCAAGGGUUACGCCCAGGCCCAGAGUGCUCAGCAAACCCACCAGCCUCAAACUCUCAAACAGCAACAGCAGGAAGCCGAGCAAGAAACCAAAUUCCUAACCCUCCUCUCCCUCCUCGAGAAAGCUCUCCGACACACCCACUACGCCGUCUGCGGCCGCGCGGCGCUCUACAUAUGGGGAUACCGCCAGAACCCCCCGGAAAACGUCAGCAUCGUCUGUCCAGACGGUAACGAGGAGAUCAUUCUAUUGUGGGCUAAGACGCAGGGGUGGACGGUUGUUGUUUCGGGGGUUAGGGGGUGUUCCUUUGAGGUAACACUUCCUGGGAAACCUGGGAAGGAUGGAAAAAUAAGGGAGGUUACGGUAAAGACUGCCCAACGCAUGGGUUUAACAUUGGGUCACGACGACCUCGUAAAAGAAGGCGGGAUCAUGCCAAUGGCAGUUAAGGGGACCUGGGCCGAAGCCGAGAAAAAGGUUCUCAAAACGACGGCGGCUGUGGUUACCUUGCCUGCCCUGUUGGGCAUGUUGAUUGAAGGUUUCAUUACCGAAGUUAACCCCCGCCACCAUCAUCAUCACCAGCAGCAUCAUCACCAAUCCGAACCCAAAGCUGAACCCAAAUCAGAAGCAGCAGCCCGGGACUCUUCCCAGAAAAGGGUAGAAGAAGCAGCCAAGAUAAUUCUCUGGGUCCUCUCCCGCCUCGCAGAAAGAGGCGAACGCCUGUCCCAGGAUCAAGUCCCGGAAACCUUCUUGACCCCCUUCCUGGCGGGAUGGCCUGAGGCUCAUGCCCUCUUGGAGGAGCUGGGCGUGUCGACUUUCGAUUCACACUUUGAUUAUCAUCAAGAUCAAGAUCAAGCUGACUCUCAACCGAAGCCCGAGCAAAAAUCUGAGUCCGAGUCAAGGUCAAGGUUGACACUAGACGCUGGCACGUUGGCUGCUUUGGAAGGUUUGCCUUUUGUGCCUCCUAUUCCUCCGAGGUCUCCAAAGCGGAUGACGCCACUGUCGCAGAGGGCCCCAGAGCGAACGACAAGUGCCGCUUCUGCCGCUUCUGUCGCUUCUUCGUUGUCGUGUACAUCGGAGAAUACCAUCGCCUUGAUCCAGAACGAGAUUGAAAGCUGGAAUUAUCUUUCGUUGGAGGAAGCUGCGCUGGCAACGAGGGAGUAUGAGACUGCUUCUCCUCCACUCGCUGCUUCUAGACUUUCUCGACUUUCCUCCAAGGUUUUGACAGCCGAGACUGAUUCGACGGCGGCUGAGACUGAUCUAAUGACCGAGAUGACCGAGUCAAUCAACGCUUGGACAACAGCUUAUUCUUCCUCUUCUCUGGCUACCUAUACCUCGACUGUUCCUGUUGUUCCUGCUCUUUCUACUGCUGGUUCGUCUUGUUCCUCAAAGAAGAGCAAGAGCGGGUCUCAGUUGUCAUCGUCGAGUGUGACGAGUGGAUCGCAGAGUGGACGGAGUACUGCUAAGCGCGUGUUGCCUCCUUGGAAGAGUUCUUGGGAUGAGAGGAUUGUGAGAAAGGGGGAGUAUCCUGAGUGGAUUUGA